GUCACUCCUGAAACUUCCGCAAACUCUCUCCUGUUUGUCGGUCAUCAUGUCCAACAAUAACGCCAGCAGUAAUUUAGCCGUGGUGAAGAAAGCCGUCAAACAGCUCCGGAUAGAGGCGAAAGUGCGGCGAAUUACCGUGUCUCAAGCUGCUACAGACCUGAAGAACUUCUGCCUGCAGAAUGCUCAUAAAGACCCGCUGCUGAUGGGGGUGCCGUCCAGCGACAACCCCUUCCGCCCCCCGAAAUCCUGCGGUCUGCUAUGAGAGCUGCUGAAGAUGAUUUCGAUGAUGUAGCGUCCUCAAGUCUCUGUCUCUAACUUCACACUACGCUAUAAAGGCUCCUGGAACACUACUUACACAAAACAGAAAAUUCAUGUUGCUUUUGGUUUUAUUUUGUAUGAACUGUUGUAACAUGCCACUUAUACACACUAUGCCUUGGUACGAUCUGUUAUUGUAUUCCCAUUUAACAUGAAAACAAUGUUGUUUUGAAAUACAAAUUCACCCCACAAUUUGAGAACACUUGUGUUGUUGUUGUCCCAUUCUGCCUUAUGUUGCCUUAAAACUCCAUUUAUUGCAUCAAACACUUUUUUUGAAAAAAAAACACUAUAUUGCAAAUUGUAUGAUUUUCAGGACGUCCAUAUUCACGAAAUUACAUUUUUUGCCCAUAAUACUGACGAAAUGGAAUAAGAAGGAAUAGAAUAAAUUAGCUGACAUAGUGAGACCUUUUAACUAUAUUCGUUUACUAAUCCAGAAGUCUAAGAACUGUUCAUCUUGUAGUCCAAAAACCCAUAAGUCUAAUUGGCCAUGGGUUCCCUCGGAUUAUCCUCUGGAUUUUUUAAUUACACCCAGUCAUGCCUCAAAUGUCCAUUUUGAAACUGUUUUCAAUUCACUUAAAAAUUCACUUGAGACCUUAUUUUACUCCAUAAGUCCAAAAACCCCAUUAUAAAACCCCAUUGGAAUAUCGCGAGGGAACACACAGCGAAUUCUCUUCCGGAUUCGCCUACAGAUUGACGUCAAAGCUAAACAGCUCUAAAGCAGUAGAGUUUGGUUUGAAUGUUUUAUGUAAUUAUUAAACAUUCAUGGUGUUGAAAUUCUAGAUGAACUUCUACUGAAAUGUUACAUUUGAACUUUAUACUCUUUUCGAUGUCUUUUUGCUAAACUGACUUUAAAAAUAAAACUUGUUAUUUAUCAUU